AUGGCCACUCAAUCUUGGGAGGACAUCGUAUCGGAGAAGCAUCUUCAGGAUGCUUCAAAGAUCCCACCUGCUUGGCGACUUCCGCAAAACCUGAUCGAGUUUGCUCAGACUCCUAACGCAAAUGUGAUGGAUAUCCCAUCUCGGUCCGGAAUCUUAUCAGCAAGCCAACUUCAAAUUACCGAACUGUACGACGCCACCGAUCUACUGAGCAAGAUAGAACACCGGGAGCUGUCGGCUUAUGAGGUCACCGAGGCCUUUUGCAAGCGUGCCGCGAUUGCGCAGCAAGUGACCCAUUGUCUUACCGAGGUCUUCUUCGAGAAAGCUUUGGAACGUGCCACGGAGUUGGAUGAAAUAUUGUCCAAGACGGGAAAGCGAGUUGGACCGCUGCAUGGUUUGCCUAUUAGCCUCAAGGUAAAAUUCGUCUACUCAAGUCUCGGAUUACAACUAAUCAACUGGAUUCAGGAGUGUUUCAACGUCGAAGGAGUUCCAUCCACACUUGGAUUCACGUCUUUCAUCAAAAAUGGCCCGGCCAAGAUCAACUCUUGCGUCGUUGAGAUCCUGCUUGACCUAGGUGCAAUUCCAUAUGUGAAGACAAACAUCCCUCAGACGAUGAUGGCGGCGGACUCUCACAACUAUGUAUUUGGUCGGACACUGAACCCGCACCGAACCAAUCUGACUGCCGGAGGCUCAUCGGGAGGAGAGGGAGCAUUGAUAGCGAUGAGGGGCUCGGUUUUGGGUGUCGGAACAGACAUUGCUGGAUCGAUCCGAAUCCCCGCCAUCUGCAAUGGAACGUACGCAUUGAGGCCUUCCACGGAUCGUAUCCCAUAUGGACGCCAAACAAGCUCCUCUCGAGGAGGACUCGCCGGGAUCAGGGCCUGUGCAGGGCCACUGGCCACAUCGGUGAGAGACUUGGAGAUGUUCAUGGAAGCGGUGAUCAGCGCAGACCCGUGGAAGCUGGACUCAUCUGUCAUAUUUUCUCCAUGGCGUACCGUUACCCCCAAGAAGGUUCUGCGGUUGGGCUUCAUUGAGGAGGAUUCCCAUUUCCCGUUGCAUCCACCUGUUCUGCGUACUCUCAGAACAGCCGUCGAGAAGCUUCGUGCAGCUGGGCAUGAGGUGGUCACUCUCAAAAUCGAACCUGAGCUUAUUCGAGAUGCCUGUGUGAUGGCAUUCCGCAUGUUCGCCAUGGACCCGGCUCAGACGGCAUUCAAGCACAUCGCUGCAAGUGGAGAGCCCGUUAUUCCAGCGCUGGCCACGACAUCCCUUCCUCAAAAGAACAUGCCAUUCGAGUAUGCACCUUUGACACUGGAAGCCCUGUACGACUUGAAUCAACAGCGAAACAAUCUCAAGGAGGAGUUCCGUGCUUUGUUCACCCAAGGGAAUCUGGACGCAAUAAUCACGGCUGGCUACCAAAGCACUGCCGUGCCACACGACACAUAUGGCAUGCCGGCAUAUACCGCCAUUUGGAAUGCGACUGAUUAUCCAAGCUGCGUCAUUCCACACGGAAAAGCCGACAAGAAAGCCGACGAGGCAUUCAUCCGUGACGUCAAUUACGAGCCUUCAUAUGACGCCGAUACUAUUGAGGGAGCCCCGUGCAGUGUGCAGUUGGCCGGCAGGAACAUGCAGGACGAGGAAUUGGUUCAAGUGAUGAAGGUUGUGUCUAGUGUCAUCAAGUCCUGA